AUGGGACAUGGCACAUUAUGGAGGACCUGGCUUAUGCCUCUCAGCUUCUCUCCUGAGGACUUUGGGAACACCCACACAAAUGCCCUACUCACAUCCUAUGUACUGGAUGCUGAAUUGUCCAACCAUUUCCCCCUCCCCCUUUCCCACAGGUCCACUUUCCUUUUGGCACCAGUCUCUCCUCCCCAUCUCCCCCCCGUAGCUGGCUACCUCAAGGAAGCUGACCCUCUUUUGGUUCCCAGGCUGGGACUCAUUGGCCCAAUGACUCACCCCUUUGUUAGGAAGUGGGUAGUGAAUGUGCACGUGGCCCAGUUUCAGUCAGUAGGAUUUUACUGUGUUUUUGGGAAAGGACUUCAUCGAUUUCUAGGAGAGUUCCUAGUAGCAGCUGACUUUCUCUUCCUAUGGCUGCUGUUACAGUCCUGA